GUAAGUGCGCGAGGCAGCAAGCGCAGUAAAAUCUCCAGGAAGCAAAGGUUGGAAUUUAAGAGAGAAGGAAGUUCCUACACAAAUGUGGAUUAAUUUAUAACGCUGUAGUUAUUUUAAAGAGAUAUUGCUGGUCAUAUGAUUACACACAAAAAACCGAAUCAUGAACGUUGGUAGAGUUUGAGACUCGUGGAGCAGCUAGCGAGCUCUCAAACAAACAAAUGUCAAAAAACCCGCAGGAUCUGCCGAGUCUUGACAGAUCGACUUAAAACGAACGAAUGACACAGGAAAAACAGAAACACCGUUUGUCAUCUAAUUGUACUUUUCACAACAUUAUGAAACAAGUUAUAAAUGGUUGGAUAUCAAAGACGCUAGCUAUAUUUUGAACGUGGGGACAGAAGGUCAUUUGUAAACCUGACCACCCCCAGAAUAAAACAAUAGCAGAUGCACAGAUCGAGGAAUAUGCAGCGAUAAAACAUUUGGCGUGUCAUAAAACUGUAUAUACAUAUUUUAGUCUCUACCAAUAGUAGCUUCUUCAUUAUCCAAUGAACUGUCAACACUGCCAGCAGAAGUUUUGUCGCUAGUUAAUGCUCCCGACUUGUUUAGAGCAGGCUGCACCGUUAGGUGGAUAGCUAGUGCUAGCCACCUACCAUCAAGACGUGGAGGUUAAUGCUUGCAUACAUUUAUAUGACCACCAGCUGUUGCUUGUUGGGACGAGCAAUUUGAAUUGGUCCUGUUUUAUUUGACUGGCUGUUGAGAAAACUGCCAAAGAGCGAGAGCAAACGGGGUCGUCCGGUUUUGACACUUCAUUACUCUUGGGUCACCAUGGCGCAGCAGCAGAUGCCAAGCUCUCAUAAGGCACUGAUGCUUGAACUGAAGUCUCUCCAAGAGGAACCAGUGGAGGGUUUCCGCAUCACCCCAGUAGAAGAGUCAGACUUGUACAACUGGGAGGUGGCCAUAUUUGGACCCCCCAACACACUUUACGAGGGGGGAUACUUCAAGGCACACAUUAAGUUUCCAGUUGACUACCCUUACUGUCCACCUACUUUCCGUUUCCUCACGAAGAUGUGGCACCCCAACAUAUAUGAGAAUGGGGACGUGUGUAUCUCCAUCCUUCACCCCCCUGUUGACGACCCCCGGAGCGGAGAGCUGCCCUCUGAGAGAUGGAAUCCCACCCAGAAUGUCAGGACCAUCCUACUGAGUGUGAUCUCUCUGUUGAAUGAGCCCAACACCUUCUCCCCGGCCAACGUCGAUGCCUCUGUUAUGUUCCGCAAGUGGAGAGACAGCAAGGGCAAGGACAAAGAGUAUGCCGAGAUCAUCAGGAAGCAGGUCGUGUCCACUAAAGUGGAGGCGGAGCAGGACGGCGUGAAGGUGCCUACUACGCUGGCAGAGUACUGCAUCCAGACCAAAGUGCCUUCCCACGACAGCAGCUCGGACCUGCUCUACGAUGACCUCUACGAUGAUGACAUCGAGGAGGACGACGAUGACGAUGAUGCAGAGGCAGUGGGCCAGAUGGCAGGAGAGGGUGGCUUCAAUGACGAGGAAGACUCGGGCAACGAAGAGUCAUGACCUUCCUUCUCCUCUCGUUGUUUAUCUUGCUCCUUCCGACACCCUUCCUACCGAGGACUCCGCUGCAGCCUCGUCCUGUUCUGUCCUUACUUUCUGAUUCCUUCCCACGUGCGCACACACACACUCUUGCUGGCUCCAUCCCUUCUUGAAGGCGUCUCCUUGGCACUUACUUUACCUUGAGAUUUGUUUCAAUCUCUGUCAAACAUGCCCAAAUGCAUAAUUUUAACAUCAGUAUGGGGAUCAGAUUUAUUUGUUUUAUUAUGGCAUUUUUUGUUUUUCUAAUUUAUCUCCCUCAUUGACAUUCAUGAGGCAUAAUCCGUGGGUUAGUUUAUGCAACUUUACUUGUGGUCAAUUAUAUCACAAAGUGAUAUAAACCAAAAUGAUUAUUUCUCUUUCAACUAUUUGAUGGGUCCUUAUUAAACAGAAUUGCAUGCCUUUUGAUGACACAAAUUUGGCAUGUAUGCUGACUACCAGUGUUGCAAAAAACAUUUUGUGAGAAUUGCAAUUGGCUGCUUGAUAUGUCGCUAGAUUACAUUUUGCAGUUGCCGCCACAACUUCACGGCUCCAAUUUGCAUUGCUCCGGUCCCCGAAAUUCGCCCCUUUUCCUGCCGCACACCCCUUCCCCUUGUGCUUUUCUGCCUGUGUGUGCACCUGCUGUGACUUCUGUUGCAUAGGCAGCUAUUCCCAAUCUUGUUUGUGGGAAAAGUCGCUAAAUGGUAUCAAAACUCCCCAAAGGCAGCCUGAAAAGUAGUUUGACGCUAGGUUCUUUGAAAAAAGUCGCUGUGGGGGUCUGAGCUCUCUAAAUAUAGCGACUUCAAGUUGGCAACACGGGUCUCUAUCCCUCCCAGGGUUCUAUCCCUCCCAGGGUUCACAUACACAUUCCUCUUACAAACUCAUUUAAUUCCUUUUAAACUAUAUAGUGUAAAACCAAAUCCUAAUCAGAUGUAAAACCAAUUUAAAUUAACUCAAAUUUGUUCUUAAGCUGUGUAACAAGAGUGGUAAGAUGCACUCAAUGAACAUACCCCUCUCUUACUCUGUCUCACACAGUCAACAAAAUGACGACCCUUUAAUAAAAAUAAACUAAUUUUCUGUAUUGCCCUGACAGGGAUCUGAACACAAAAAGGACACUUAUUUUGCCAUUUUUGGUAGGUUCCCCAUUUUUCUCUGAGUAAUCUACUCAAUCAAAGAUCGCUAACAGAAAGGAAGGGUUGGGCACUCACUACCAACAAGCAUCUCUUUGAGUGGAUGCAUCUCAGCAUGCAUCUCUCCAACCAGAGACAGCAGAGAAGCAAUCUCUGCUCCAAACUCUAAAUGUACCUGGAACUGAUGAAGGGAAGCAGAGACAGGAUGCUAAGACAUACACCUGAUGUCAUUUGAGCUCUCAAACAGAAGAUGCUCCCGAGUAUUGGUACCGUACCAGCGCUGGAAAAUUUCCAUGGAGACUGGACUGGUGAUAGAGUUGUUUCCGUGGAGACUGAUUUGUAACUACCCUAUCUUUCUUUGGGGGACUUGAACACCAGGGAUUAAUGAGACAAGCGCACCCCCACACACACACACAGAGCGGUGGAGCCAUGAGAAUGCUCUGCACAGAAAACAGCAGGGAUCACUGCUGUUUCAAGAACAUUUGAUCUGUUUGUUUGUAUUUGCUGUAGUCUAUAAUCUCCCAUUCAAGGUUUGAUGAAAACAUCUCACUUUACCCAGAUACACAGGCAAUGAAUGCUGGAUCACCAUAGGAAGUGUUGGCCAUUCCAUAACACUUUGUUACAGCUUUCGUUUGGGGUGUCUGUGUCACCUACCUCCUCUACAUGUGUAUGUGCAACAGGCCUAGGUUCCCAUACUAUUUGAAAUCAUUUCAAAUGUCACAAAAGUGCAAACCUCACCUACCAGACAUCCCAGACUGGCAAAAGCUAACUAAUUGUAGAUUUCAAAUAGUAUUUGAACACAGGUCUGAUGACCAAGAGAUUUUGAGGGAAACGUUAACUGAAUGUCACUUAAAAGGCUUGGAUUUUUUUAUUUUGAGUCUGAUAGUCCAUAAGGGCUUCCAGAGUCAAUGAGAUUCAUGAUGUUUUGUUGAGAAAUAGAUCCUCUCCCCAGUUCUAGCCACAGGCCCCUUGACCCCAGAUAGGUAAUCAAUAAAUAGAAAAGCAUUCAGUUUGGCAACAAGUGGAGUGCUACGUAACCAUUAAUGCUAAUUUAUUAGAUCAUUCAUUUCAAGGAUAGUGUAGAGACUUGGGGCUCGAUUCCACCAAACCACUGGGCAGUAUUCACGCAGUAGCAUGUAGGCCUAAGCAUACUAGGUAAACAAAUAUAUUGCGUAAACAUUGCCAAAGCAGGUUGGCUUUGAUACGGCCAUUGGUGUCUUUCAGCUAUUAAGUGUUUAAGUAUAACAUUCUCAUUGUUUUUGUUUUCCUUGGUCUAACUUAACAUGUGUCAUGAAUUUUUUUCUUGUAAUGGAUGUUCACCAAAGAUAAGAGGCUUUCUUUUGUGAGUGUAAGGCUUUAUCUUUGGGUUGUUUGUUGCACAAAUAAAUAGAGGGCACUGGAAAUGUUGUCAAAGCUA